AUGCUGAGUGUUUUCCUGCGCGGCGAGGAGGUCGCCCAGAAUCCGUCCCAGAUUGGAACCGUACCCAACAAUCAGUCACAGAGUAACAAUUCAGUAGGAUCGAUUAAAUCGAAUGGCAACAUGGGGGAGAGCGAUGUGUCGCCUAUAAUGACACCCUCGACCAUCGAGAGUUCGGCAACUCCACCAAGGACCUCGAUCUUUGCCAGGCCUGUAAAUGUUUGGGGAUCUAUCGCGAACAAGGAUGACGCCAAGGCAUCCGCUGGCAAAAAGUUUAAGCUAGACGCAGAGGAGUAUCCCGAUCUGGGACAGCACACCAAACGCUCAAAAGUAGCGCCAUCUCAGGGAGCUGUUUCUCAGCCAAAAUCCACAUCAUGUGGAACUUCUUUGAAUGAUGAAGGUUUCCCACGCAAUCGGAGGAUAGCUACUCCAGUGCUGGGCCACUAUAUGCCACAGUCAGUUUUGCCGCAUGCCGAGACCAGUCCAAACCAGCAGCAGGAGGCUGAGAAGAAGAUGCCCGGUGCCGUGACCUCCGCUACUACUCCGAAACGCAAAGUGGCUACUGCAAAAAACAAGAAAGAAUCAAGCGAGGGCCUUCAGGGUCAUGUAUGCCAUGGUAGCGAUGGUUUGGAGGCCGAAGACGCCGAGAUUCCGCCCUCUCAGGAGGACCAAGACGAUGAUGGGUUCAUUGUAGUCAGAUCCCGAAACAAGCGCAUAGUUCGGGUCCCACCUUGGGGUGCGCCUACGCAGAUGCCGCAGAAUAAGCCGAAUCGAUCUUCGCCACAAAAUCGGCAGAAUUCACAACAGUCGUACAUGCAGGAAAGGAAGCGGAAACAUGUUCAGGAUCGUCAGACACCACAGCGUCCACAAGGGCGACCGGUGCCACGAGGUUCUCCACAACAAUCGCCGCCUAAGCCCAAGCUGGCAUUGGAGCCAGCACAGCAGAUGCCUCAACAUCAACAGCAGCAACCAACAGAGCAGCAGUCGAAUUACUUGGAGCAAGUGACACCACAGCCGCAGCUGUCGGGAGUCCAACUUGGCCAGCAUUCCACUCGUCAGCCGUCGGAAGAGCCGUCUGAGAUUCAGCUACAGGUGCAGCAACCUCAGCACCAAGUGAUCCAGACCACAGCUGAGAUUCAGCUACAGGUGCAGCAACCUCAACACGAAGUGCAUGAGAAUUCAUCCCAGGUUCAACUGGAGGAGGAGUCUCGAGAGGAAGUCCAGCCUCUACCAUCCCAGCAUCAACGAAAGUCUUCCGAUCAACUCCGGAAACGUUCUCACAGUUCAUUGCAGCAAAGACCAUCGCCAUAUGACCUCAAACAGCGGCCGUUGCACCAACACCGAUCUCAUUCCAAUGGGCCCCAGCAACUGUCUGUGCCUUCGCCCGGCAGAAGUCUGCGUGCCACGCAAUCGGAAUACCAGCUGCCUUCAACUGGGGAAGACGGAUCUCAUCGACCGGUGAAGAGGGAUUGGAUGUAUGAGAGGCAGAAUUUUGAAGCUGAACGGCAGUGGGAGCAGCCAGAGGAGGAGGAGGAGGAUAACAUCACUAGGCUUGCUAGGUUUAGUUCCCUAAACUCGAAUGCCCAGGAGUUUACUCCGAGGGGUCAUCAGGCCGACGAACAGGAAGAGCAGGUGGCUCCUAGUCGCAGAAUUUCCCAACGACGCCUUCGUCAGCGACACAGACGCACUCUAAGGAAUCCAGGAUCCAGCGAGGAGAAUCAAAUACCAUUCUAUGUUCCGCAAGGACCAAAUCAAGGAGUGGAGAACACUCAUAAUUGGAUUCCGAAUAGCUAUACGUUGCCCCAGUCGCCAUUUAAUAAUGGUCCGCCAAAAACAAAUAUAUAUCCGACACCGGUGGCGCCUGUCAGCCUGGGAUCGGUUCCGUCAGUCGUAUACCAGCAAAUCCCGAAUGCGCCGCCGCCUACCAUCACUUUGGGUCAUAUGGCUAAUACACCAUCGGUGAUCUACUAUAAUCCGCAAACGCAGCAAUCAUGGAGCACUAACGCGACACCCGCUGAGGUUCACAGCCGCUGCCAGUCGGGUUUUCGGCUUGCCAGCCUCCCUACCACUGGUGUGGGGACCCCGAACUCGGAUACAUCUACAGGUUGGGGCAGCCUUCAGUCGAACAACCCCAGUUCCAAGGCAAUGUCAGCGGUGUGCCGCAGCCUCAGCACACCCCCAUCUACUAUAACAGGCCCAGAGCCAGCCAUAACCCAUACGCUCAGUUCCACGGAGGAGGGGGCAGGCCCGCAGCCAUCCAUAACCCAUACGCUCAGUUCCACGGAGGAGAGGGCGAUGUCAGCGGUGCGCCGCAGCCUCAGCAUCCCCCCGUCUACUAUAACAGGCCCCGAGCAAUCCAUAACCCAUACGCUCAGUUCCACGGAGGAGGAGCGGGCAGACCAGUCCGGAUGGCAAGCUACCAACCGCGACCUGAUGUACAGUCAGCCCCUAUUGGAUAUGGACCGGGAGGAUACCCCGUCCCCCUCCCGACAAUGGCCGGAACGUCAUGGUGCAGAGGAGGUGGUGGAGGUGACGGCGCCAGUGCCGCGUACAGUUUUAUACCAGGAGGACGGCGAACUCAUCGAGCUAGACGCAGAGGCAGGCGGCCGAGGGCGUAAUAGAAAUCCGGUGGUGAACUACACGUUGUUCCGAACACCCGCCGAUAAUAGUGGCAGGCAUCACGAUUAUCCUCAACCGGAUUUCAACUGCAUCCCGUCCAGCAUCAGGAGUCUAUACCGUUUGGUUACUGCCAAAUAUUCCAGCUACUCCUUCAUCUAUGUUCUGUGCGCCCAGCUGUGUCGUGAUUGUGGGCCGAUAGAUUGCUACGCCAAUCUCAAGAUUGCACUACUCACCAGCAUUGUGUCCAUCGAACCGGGUGAGGUGCGUCCCCCAAUCCCAAUGUGCGUCAUUGCAACAGAUUCGCUUGUGUGCCGCCGCAUCAUGACCGGCAUGGGGAAACUGGCACCCCGAUUUGUGGCAACCGGCGAUCAAGAUAUACAGCAGACAGCCCACGCCCUGCCCCAACGCUCCAACUGGAAGCCUUCCAAUCCUCUGAUCAUGGCCCAAAAGGGUGUGAUAAACGUUGGAGAUUGGAAUGGUCAAUCAAAUUCCAACACUGCCUACCUGGAGAAGUGCAUCGAGAAUGGGGCGGUACCGAUUCCACAGACCCAAGAGCAUCAACCCCUCAACGCGUCCAUCUGGACCUAUUGGGAGAAAUCCAAUGCAGCGAAUCCCAACGUGAUCUUUUCCAAAUUUUGUCCGCUAUUUGGCUUCCCGAUCUAUAUGCCCGAUAAUGUGGAAGAAAGCCUGUACAUCUAUUAUUUGAUGGAAGCCUGUGAAGAUCGCGACGAAGAGGUUUGGGAUAUCCCAGGUGAGGACAUAAGUAUGAUGCUUCAUGUUUUUUCCAAUAGAGUUUCUGUUUUAACUCCGUCUGCCGAAAAAUUACUUAAAAAGUAUUAUUUCGUCAGUCGGAGGGACAGACCAGUUGUCUUCUCUGCCAAGACCUAUGAGGUUCUGAAACAAAUGUCUGAAGCUCUGGCCAAGUUAUCCUUUCGAGUCGAAGUCGUGGAUGCCGAUGUCUGUGCGGCUAUAUACCAUUGUGAAACGUUUAUGAACAAGUUUUUCGCGUCAGGAAGCACUCGUCCCCCGCCGGACGUCCCAGCUGGAUUCAAGAAUAUGUCCGAAAUCGAUCCCCACAUGAACGAGUUCUCUCGAUGGCUUCUCACCUACCUGGAUCGGUACAGUGACGAGGAUCUGGGCAUGAUGCCAGCACAACGCCAAACGCUACAAACCAAUGACUGGGAAUGCCCCUAGGGAUCG